UUCGCAAUGUCUUGGGUCUCAUGCGUAGGGGCGAGAGCUUGCGACUUGAGGAUGUUAUGAUCCUUGAUCAGUCUGUGUUUUUGGUGGUGGCUGAUAUUCAUGAUCGGUAUAGGGAUAUGCGACUAGACGUUGACAGCAUGUCUUAUGAGGAGUUAUUGGCUCUGGAAGAGCGUAUUGGUAAUGUUAGCACUGGAUUGAGUGAAGAAACAAUUUUAAAUCGUCUGAGACAGCGGAAAUGUUCAAUUGCAGUGGGGUCUCAGCUUGAUGCAAAACCAUGCUGUAUCUGUCAGGAGGAAUACAAUGAGGGAGAUGAUCUUGGAACUCUGGAAUGCGGCCAUAAUUUUCAUACUGACUGUAUAAAACAAUGGCUGAUGACGAAGAAUUUGUGCCCCGUUUGUAAAACAACAGCCCUGACGAAAUGAGAGGGAUGCACAGAGCUGGAACGGGUGGUCCAAAACCAGUGAGUUUCCAUCAUGACAUAUUAAUGACUAGGUGCUUAGGAUGCUAAGAGCUUAGGUCAUGAAAAAGGGUAUUCCAAAAAUAGAUGCUCCCCGCCGGCCUGUUUCAACAAAGGAAUCACACGGUAGGUUGGGAAGUCAAUAUUUGGAGCUAUAAACAAGGACAACUCAAGUCGGUAACAUGAUGUACCAAGCAAUUUUCCAGAAAAAUAUAUAACAUUAGUCUAUUUUG